AUGGCGUACUCCUCCUGUUUGACUCGGAGUUUGAAACCAAACAAACUUCUUCUUAGGAGGAUAGAUGGGGCGAUUCAUGUGAGAUCCCAUGUAGAUCUAACUUUCUAUUCACUCGUGGGAUCCGGGUGGUCUGGGGGGGGCACCACGACUCCUCUCUUCUCGAGAAUCCAUACAUCCCUUAUUAGUGUAUGGAGAGCAAUCUCUCGAGCACAGAUUGAGGUUCGUCCUCAAUGGGAAAAUGGAGCACCUAACAACGCAUCUUCACAGACCAAGAACUACGAGAUCACCCCUUUCAUUCUGGGGUGA